CUGAAGCGAUUGGACUGCGAGCGGCUCUGCGCUUUCUGUGGAGUUUGAAUUGUCCCGGCCCGGCACGGCACGGCUCGAGAACCCGCAGGUGACGGCUUCAUCGGGGCGUCUUCCGCGCGAAAGGGAGCUCAGCAAUGAAUAAGCUACGGCAGAGCUUCCGGCGGAAGAAAGACAUCUACGUGCCGGAGUCGAGUCGGCCGCACCAGUGGCAGACAGAUGAGGAGGCGGUCCGCACCGGCAAAUGCAGCUUUGCAGUCAAGUACCUGGGACAUGUGGAAGUGGAGGAGUCCAGGGGGAUGCACAUAUGCGAGGAUGCAGUGAAGCGGCUGAAGACGGACAGGAAAUUCUUCAAAGGAUUCUUUGCAAAAGCCGGGAAGAAGCCGACGCGGGCCGUGUUGUGGGUGUCGGCAGAUGGUCUUCGCGUUGUAGACGACAAAACAAAGGACCUGAUCUUAGACCAGACAAUAGAGAAGGUGUCGUUCUGCGCUCCGGACCGGAACUUCGAGAGGGCGUUUUCCUACAUCUGCAGGGACGGCACCACGCGGCGCUGGAUCUGCCAUUGUUUCAUGGCCGUCAGAGACUCGGGAGAGCGCCUCAGUCACGCUGUGGGUUGUGCGUUCGCCGCCUGUCUGGAGCGGAAACAGAAACGGGAGAAGGAGUGCGGGGUCACGGCGACCUUUGACGCCAACAGAACCACCUUCACCCGCGAGGGCUCGUUUCGUGUUACCACAGCAACGGAGGCGGCCGAGCGGGAGGAAGUGAUGCGGCAGCUACAGGAUGCUAAAAAAGCAGAGACGGAGGUGACGGUUUCUGGGAACUCGGUGACAAACUCCUCCUCCGCCCAACAGGGAGGAGGUUCCCCCUCUCCCUCGUCCUCCCCCCCUCUCUCUAUGCCCGGGCUGGGAGCUCAGGCGAUCCCACGCAGACACGCCCCAGCUGAGGCUCUGGCCAGGCAGGGCUCCUUCAGAGGCUUCCCCGUCCUCAGUCAGAAGACGUCUCCCUUCAAAAGACAGAUGUCGCUGCGGAUGAACGAGCUGCCCUCCACCAUGCAGCGGAAGUCCGACUUCCCCAUGAAGAAUACAGUUGCUGAGGUGGAAGGUGAGAGCGACAGCAUCAGUUCGCUGUGUACUCAGAUCACGUCAGCGUUCAGCGGACCCCCGGAGGACCCCUUCUCCUCGGCACCAAUGCCCAAGCCAGCCUCAUCCCCCCAGUCUCCUGUAGCUCCAGUGAUCAGCACAGCUCCUGCCUUCUCUGUUGCCGCUGCUACCGCUAACCCCCCAGUUCUGCCCCCCGCCCUGCCUGCCCGAGAAACUAACCCCUGGGCCAAGACCCCAGCAGGGGCCCCGGCCUCAGCUCAGCCAGGAGGUGACUGGUCGUCGCCUCCUCCGGUGAUAGUGGAGCCCCCCCCAUGCUCCCCGGUCCUCCCGUCUCACAGGCGCACGCCAUCAGAAGCCGACCGCUGGUUGGACGAAGUCACCAAGUCCGUCCGACCUCCGCUGCCCAAUCCCAUCAUGGCGCCUCCCACGCAGGCGUUCCCCCCCCCUGUGCAGAUCCCUGUGGCGUCUGCUCCUUCUGUUCCCUACAUGACCUCACUGCCCCCCCCCGUCGUGCCCGUUCUGCCCCCCCGCCAGCUGGCCUUCCAUGGUCAGGCUCCGCCCACCUACCCCAUGUCCAACGGGCUGCCGUUCCCUCAGGCCGGCGCGCCCGUGGUCGGCAUCACUCCGUCGCAGAUGGUGGCCAACGUGUUCGGCUCAGCCACGCAACCCCAGCCGUUCCCCGUGGCCGCCUCCACGCCCCCCCAGCAUCACACCCCCCAGCACCACAUCCAGCACGUGGGCCACAUCAGCCCCUUCAUCAAACCCCCCCCGCCCGCCGCCAUGAACCCUGUACACCUCCAGCCAUCCAAUGGUAGUGUGACCUUUAACGGGUCAGACAGCUGGGCCUCUCCCUCCCAGCUCGCUCCGUGCUCCCUCGCCACCGAGCCGCCCCCCCAGCCGCAGGAGGACGUCUUCGAGGCCCAGUGGGCGGCGCUGGAGGGCCGCUCCCGCCAGCGCACCACGCCCUCGCCGACGAACCCCUUCUCCACCGAGCUGCACAAGACCUUUGAGAUUCAACUCUGAAGAUUGUGCUCGAGAUGAGAGAGUAAAGGACAAUGAGCACAGGUGGGCGAGCGACAACAGAAGAGAGAGGGAGGAGUCUCUCGGCCUCAUCUCGGCUCUUCAGCGGACGAUCUCAGCCGGGCUGAAGAGAACCGGCCGAAACCGGAGAGCAGCGGGUGAACCACCAGGGAGCAGGACUCUGCACAGCUGCUCCCCAGGCUUCUCAUUAGCAUCGUCUGUCAUGUCUUGUUUGUGCUGUGGAGCUCCGGGUCGUCAUCACCCUGUGGAAUCACUGUGCAGAGCCACACCCAGCCCCCCGACCCCCCCGCCCGCCCAGGUGGGGCCGGCUCCCGUCCCCUGCCUUCCUUUGCUUGGUCCAGCUCCCAGCGCCCCCUGCUGGAAGGACGACGCCUCCAUCACCUGGCAGAGGAACUGCAGCACUGAGAGAACUCGGCUUCCAGACGAGAAGUUCUCAUGAUUAACUUUCCAAGCAGAAGAAUGGAGUGAGACAAUGCCAAAAUCUUUAUUUUUAUGCAUUAAGUAUAUUUUAAAUAGCUUUGGAAUCUAACAGAAGAGUUGUAAGUAAUCUUGCCAAAGGCACAGGCUAGCUACAAUGAGACAAGUUUAUGUUCGUGUAUACAAGAAAUGACCCUAUAUAUUAUACAUAAAAAUAUAUAUAUCUAUAAAGAAUCUAUACUGUACACAGCUCACAGCAGUGCUAAUUUUUAAUGUGAUGUAAAGAGAUUUUUGUGAAGGGACAGCUGCUUUACUGUUGUGUUUUACUGUUUUAUUUUUGAAGAAAAAAAAAUCUCUUUAUUGCCGUCUCCUGCAUCCUGUGAUUGGAUGUGAAGCAUCUCACUGUAAAUACGGUUUCAUUGCAGCAACAAUCAAUGUGGACCUGGCAGUGGUGGUGGUGCCCCCUGGUGGCCUCUCUCACCUGUACUUUUAAUAGUUCAGUACACAUCAGUACUUAACGUUUUCCUCCCUCUGCCCCCCCACCCCCGUCGUUCAUCUUGUGUGAUAACAAUCUUGCUUGUUUUUCUUUUCUUUUUUUUAUUUAACACACAUAGUAGGAUGUCUUCACUUUUUUUUUUUUAGUAGUUGAUUUCGGAAUUUUAAUUUUGCACAAGCACUAAAGUAGAUGAUUUGACCUCCCAGGUGACCUUGAUCCACAUGGUCUGGCCCCCCCCCCCCCCGACCUCCGUUAGCCUGCUGACGCUCAGCACAAAGCUGCAGCGAGAGAAGAUGAUUUUAUCUCUCACUGUCGGAUUUCUCUCUGUCCUGCUAUUUUUUUUAAUCAAACCUGUGAAUACGAUCUAUUCUCUGAUCUAUUUUUCCAUUUUGUAAUUAUUUCAUUACUUUAUUCCACUUCUUUGGAGAAAUACUGAAGCUAAAAGAUUGAAUAAAUUGAUGGUG